AUUCAUUCCUGUGGGGCGCGAGGUAUGGAGAAGCUGUGCGGCCGCAGGCGGAGCUGGGCAGUCCGGACGGCGGCGCGGACAGCGGUCUCAUUUUGAGGGGGCAGCCCGAGCCCGAGCGGCUGGUGGCGGCGGGGAGGACUAGCCCCCUGGCAGUUUGGUGCUCUGGUUGUCAUAUAUUGGACGGCAGUAGACAGAACAUACAUCCGUUCUGGGGCGCCGUGAUUAACGUUGAACUUUGGUUCCUGUAACCCUUGCCUGUGUCAAUAGAGUUAAGCUGGAGCUUUGCUUUGAAGGAUAAAUAAAGCACAGCCUCUCAACUGGACAUAAAUGGAUCUAAAGACAGCAGUAUUUAACGCAGCUCGAGAUGGCAAACUCCGGCUUCUCACCAAAUUGUUGGCAAGCAAGUCUAAAGAGGAGGUUUCCUCCUUGAUCUCUGAAAAAACAAAUGGGGCCACCCCGCUCUUGAUGGCCGCCAGGUAUGGGCACCUUGACAUGGUGGAAUUUCUCCUAGAGCAGUGCAGUGCCUCCAUAGAAGUCGGGGGCUCGGUCAAUUUUGAUGGCGAAACCAUUGAGGGGGCUCCCCCUUUGUGGGCCGCUUCUGCAGCAGGACAUCUGAAGGUGGUUCAGUCUUUGUUAAAUCAUGGAGCGUCUGUCAACAACACGACUUUAACCAAUUCAACCCCUCUUCGAGCUGCCUGUUUCGAUGGCCAUUUGGACAUAGUCAAGUACCUGGUAGAACACAAAGCUGAUUUGGAAGUGUCAAACCGACAUGGGCAUACAUGCUUGAUGAUCUCCUGUUACAAAGGACACAAAGAGAUUGCUCAGUAUUUACUUGAAAAAGGGGCAGAUGUUAAUAGAAAAAGUGUUAAAGGUAAUACUGCAUUGCAUGAUUGCGCAGAAUCUGGAAGUUUGGACAUCAUGAAGAUGCUUCUUAUGUAUUGUGCCAAGAUGGAAAAGGAUGGUUAUGGAAUGACUCCCCUUCUCUCAGCAAGUGUGACUGGUCACACAAAUAUUGUGGAUUUCCUGACUCACCAUGCACAGACCAGCAAGACAGAAAGGAUCAAUGCUCUAGAGCUUCUGGGAGCUACAUUUGUAGACAAAAAAAGAGAUCUGCUUGGGGCUUUGAAAUACUGGAAAAAGGCAAUGAACAUGAGGUACAGUGAUAGGACUAAUAUAAUUAGCAAACCAGUACCACAGACACUAAUAAUGGCUUAUGAUUAUGCCAAGGAGGUAAACAGUACAGAAGAGCUAGAAGGUCUUAUCGCUGAUCCUGAUGAGAUGAGAAUGCAGGCACUAUUAAUUAGAGAACGUAUUCUCGGUCCUUCUCAUCCUGACACCUCUUAUUAUAUUAGAUAUAGAGGCGCUGUCUAUGCAGACUCUGGAAAUUUCAAACGAUGCAUCAACCUAUGGAAGUAUGCUUUGGAUAUGCAGCAGAACAAUUUGGACCCUCUAAGCCCGAUGACCGCCAGCAGCUUAUUAUCUUUUGCAGAACUGUUCUCUUUUAUGCUACAGUAUAGGGCUAAAGGUCUGGGCACCACUGUUACAUUUGAUGAUCUUAUGGGCAUACUGUGCAAAAGUGUCCUUGAAAUAGAGCGAGCGAUCAAACAAACUCAGUGUCCAGCAGACCCAUUACAGUUAAAUAAGGCUCUUUCCAUUAUUUUGCACUUGAUUUGCAUAUUAGAAAAAGUUCCUUGUACUCUAGAACAGGAUCAUUUCAAAAAGCAAACUAUAUACAGGUUUCUUAAGCUGCAUCCAAGGGGAAAGAAUAACUUCAGCCCUCUUCAUCUGGCUGUGGACAAGAAUACUACCUGUGUAGGGCAGUACCCUGUUUGUAAAUUUCCAUCUCUGCAAGUUACUGCGAUACUGAUAGAAUGUGGUGCUGAUGUGAACGUCAGAGACUCAGAUGACAACAGUCCCCUCCAUAUUGCUGCUCUGAACAACCAUCCAGACAUCAUGAAUCUCCUUAUUAAAUCAGGUGCACAUUUUGAUGCCACAAACUUGCACAAACAAACUGCUAGUGACUUGCUGGACGAGAAGGAAAUAGCUAAAAAUUUGAUCCAGCCUAUAAAUCAUACCACAUUGCAGUGUCUAGCUGCUCGUGUCAUAGUGAAUCAUAGAAUAUACUAUAAAGGGCAUAUCCCAGAAAAGCUAGAGACCUUCGUUUCACUUCAUAGAUGAUAAUUUGACUGUUGAAGCACGACUUGGUAACAGUUGUUUCAUAAAUGAGCACUGUUGUGGUAACACCAGCAUUCAUUUAGCUUGAUUUCAUCGUGCUCUCAUUGGCUAAAGCAUUGUAAGCAUCAGAUUUACAGGAUUGGUUUCCCAGUAUUUAAUAGAAAUAUACCAUAUAAUAUAUUGUUUGUGAAUUAUUGAGAAAUGUAAUCUCAUAUUCAGAUUUCUAAAAUUGUCUGCCAAAGGCUUAUCCAUUCUGGUUUUGUUUGCUGUUGGGUGUUUGGGACAGAGUUAACCAUUUUUCAGUGGUGUCUUUAUACUUUUCUGGUUUGUGAAUUUUAUACAAUUGAAGGUCUUUUUUGUGCUUCUUCCUUCUCUUCUCCGAGCCUCUCCCCUGUUUCCACCUCAUUUUUAACUUAACCAUUUCUACUUAUCAAUUUCUUUCCCCUUAUGGAUCCAUGUUAGGUUGUACAAACUUUAUGGACUUGUUACCAUUUGCAGUUACCAUAAGUGCUUUAUCUUCUCUAUGCACUGGCUUCAACUUGACUGUUGUAUGUUAGCAUAUUUUCUAUGCAGCAGUUGGUCAACUUCAACUCUGAAACACUGUUAAGUAUGUUACAAAGUUCAUUUUACGAAAGUACUCUUGUAGCAUGACAAUUUUUAGAGCUAAAGGUUAGCUACCAGAGCUCAAGCUUUUUUCUUGUUUUUUUCUUUACAUCUGAGGUUUCUUUCUCUAAUCCACUGAAAUUAUUGUGUGCUAAAUUUGGGAAACAAAGCUAUUCCAACUCAUUAACCCAGUUGAAAUUUAGGUCUGUCGUCUUAAUAUAUCAUGCAGUAAAAGGAAGAAUCCUUAUAAAGUGACCCACCUUUCAUGCUGUGCCAGCAUUGUCCUGCUUGUGCUGAUGAUGUGAUUAGGUGUAGAGAAUUUGCUUAAAUUUAACCUCAAAGUUUAUCACACAGCUUAAUGAGUCACACUGAAAUAUGCAGUAAUUGAACUGCAAAUCACUUUUAUUUACAAAGAAGAGCUGAAGCAUGUCAGUGGCAUGAUGCUUGCCAAGCCAGAUCUAGGCAUCUAGGAUAAUUAAGGUAUUUUUAGUAUGCAAUUUACUGCCAUAGUAUCAAAAGGUCAGUAACAGUGUUCCUUCUUUCUUCAAGCUUAAGUAUACCUUUGAAGAUAACUUGCAUGAAUUACUUUGGUCUCAAUUAUUUGUCACCCUAAUUAAACACAAAAGGUUGCAGUGCUUCCUCUUCCCUUACUGAAAAUUAGCUUUUCUUUUCUCUUUUUCAUUCUCUUUCUCUCUUCCUUUCUUUUCUUUCUUUCCUCUCUCCCUCCCUUCUUUUUUUUUUUUUUGAUUUUUUUUUUCACAGCUUCGCUAAUGCCACAGAAAGGGCUCUUUUAACUUAAAAAAUAAGUGAAAAGUACUAAAAAAGAUUCAGGUAAUUAUCAUUCAGCACUUUAUUGUUAUUCAGAAUAAAAUUUAUGAUGGCAUAUUUGCCCUGCAAAUGUCUUAAUGAAAUUGUUCUGAAUAAAAAGCUCCUUAUUGGUUUGAGGAAAAACUCAGUUUACCUGUGAGUUUAAUGAGCCUGAUCACUUGGAUUUUUGUGUUGACAUUUUAUUCUGAGGGUUGUUGUAGGGGUAUUUAAGGAGUCAUCAUUGCAAACAGUCACAUUAGGUUUAUUCAUCUUUACUCAGUAAAAAACUUGUAAUGAAGAAUAGUAAAUAAACAAAAAAGCAUUAGACUUACUUUCUGGUUAAAUAAUUGAAGUUUAAUUUUUUUAAAGAUAUCCUUACUCAUUUUACUAGGUUGUAUAUUUAAUUUCACCAUUGAAAAAGGUGAUUUGGAUAUAAAUGGUUGCUCUGCAACCAUUUGAUGAAGAGAUUUUAAUAUCUUGUUUACUAUAGGAAAAUUUGAAAUAUUUGAACUGCCACAUAAAUUAAGAAUAGUUUGUAAUUUAGAUAAUUAUUCUAGAAAUAUCAGACAUCAAUUUUUGAAAUCAUUUGCCUCUAACCUUCUGGAAUAAGAAUUAUAUGCGUGAACAACCUUUUUUUUUAAAGAAAGGAAAACUUUGCAAGUACAGUAAAUCUACAUUAGUUGAUCUCAAUAAUUGUGGGGUGAACAGUGAGCAAUUGGAUUUUAAGUGAUUUAAUAUUCCUUUUUUUGGGAGGGGGUAGGAGGGCUUACAUGCUCUUAUAGUAAGGCACAUCUCACACUAUUUUAUAGGUGAAUUUGAAUUGUGCAACUCUAGUAUAAAAUAAGGAUUUCUUUACAUAGCAUUUUCCCACCACUGAAUAUAGGUAACUUAGAACUAUUCCUCAGUCUUGAUAACUGAAAUGCCUUAUUUUAAUUAAGAUACAGUUAUCUGUUUGCCAUCUCCCCAAAUGAUGUUAGGAGCUCUUGAAAAAUCAGUUAGUUUAAAAGCUCAAAAUUGUCCAUUUUAUUUUAGAGGAGGUUGUUUCAUAAAUGUGCCCUCAGACACUGUUUAAGGCCUUUGUCAGAAAGUAUUCACAAAAUUGUGAGACUGAAUUUAAAAAAAAACUUAAGUUUGUGUUAUUUUUUUUAACCAACAGAUGAGUAAUUUAAUAAUGAGCUAAUUGUACUCUCAGCUGUACACUGUAGUGUGGUAAUGUUGGCUGGAGCUAAUGUAUAAGUUUUGGUUACAUUUCCAUAAAAAUCCCCUGUUAAGGCCUGCUGAAUUUUAGAUGUUCCACUCUUUUUUUUUUUUUUUUUUUUUUUUUUUGCGGUACGCGGGCCUCUCACUGUUGUGGCCUCUUCCGUUGCGGAGCACAGGCUCCGGACGCGCAGGCUCAGCAGCCAUGGCCCACGGGCCCAGCUGCUCCGUGGCAUGUGGGAUCCUCCCGGACCGGGGCACGAACCCGUGUCCCCUGCAUUAGCAGGCGGACUCUCAACCACUGCGCCACCAGGGAAGCCUGAUGUUCCACUCUUGAUCAUUUCUGUAAAAGACAUGGUCAUUUUACUCAGAUUAGAUGCCAGUCUAUAUUAUAAAGACAAGUGGAUUACAGAUUUUAAAAAUAGUCAUUUUCUUAUCCAUAAAUCUGACAGGGACAUUAGCCCAAAUCAACCAAAGGUAAUUUGGUGCCCAUUAUGAUUUUGCAGUUAAGUGAUUGCUCAUUUGUAAAGUGACUUAAUGUAUAAUGUUUUCGAGACCCCCAUCUCCUGUGAUUUGGGAAAACUGUUGAGGUUAUAUUUGAAAAAGUAGCUCUUUAAAAUAAUAUUACCCAGCAGAAGCCUUAGGUUGAAUUUUACAGGUAUAAUAAUCCUUUUAAUUUCCCCAGAAUUGUGGGGGCUGGAUGAGAUAAUAACCAUAUUCUUGUGCACUGUAACAGCAGCAGCAUUGCUUGGAACUUUAACCAUUUUAGAGUUAGGUACUAAGGAAACUAAAAUUAAUUGGUUGUCAUUUUCUUUUUGCCCUCAUACAUCACUAAGCAACUAGUUUCUCUCCCUUUUGUCAAUUCCCAUUGUGUAUUUUUCCAAAAAGUACUGUAUUCAGAUGCCAGCCAAUAAACUGUCACACAAUGGAAAAUGAUAUGCCACAACAUUCAUUGUAAGGUUUAAUAAAAUUAAA